AUGGAUUGCCUCUCUUUCCAACUCCCACAGAUCUCUAUCUCCUCCGCCCCACCCACCAGCCCUCCCUCGGCCGAGCCGUUCUCUCCCUUCUCUGGUUCUCAACUUCUGUCUGUCGAGGUCCAGGAUUCCUACAGGCCGUCGCUUCUCAGCCCACCACCAAUGCACCCUCCGAAGAUCUCUUCUCCGCUCCGCCCAGUUGAUGGCAACGCUCUGAAGAAGGGCAUUGAUCAAGACCGUUUCCAGGCUCUGCUGACCGCAACAAAGGAGCGAAACGCCACUAGUACGAGCAGGAAGUCUGCUGAUCUUCGCAAGGAGAUCGCACUGAAGACUCACAAGAGCAAGCAAAUGGAACGCCGUGCUCUCUUCCUAUCCAAGGUCCAGGCACCUCCUUCGCCUACCGCUACGACUACGCCGAAGACGCCACCAGAGUCGCCUGCGAUCUUCCACUACUCGCUUCCGUCCCCUGGUCUCGUCUCGCCACUCGCCUUGUACGAAUCUAUGAAUAUGGAAUAUGACCACGGCAUCCCCGUUUCUCCUUGGAUCGAGCAGGUUGACUUCCGCCUCCCUCUUGAGAAGAAGGCCCCAUCGUUGGUUCCGAAACGUCCCUCUACACAACCCCGCACUCACUCACUUCCUUCUCUGGACGAGAUCACCGCCCGCCUAAGCAAAGAUAGUAGCGUGCCUGCAACGCGAGAAUCAUCAAGGCCUCAUCGCCUCCCUACCUUCUUACGUCAAGAGCCUACCCCAAAGAUGCCCACCAUCGUCGUUUCGAACGCUGAUGCUUCUCCAGCACCAACGCAACGACCACGUCUCAACCUUCCAUUUGGCGUUUCACGGCAGACGAAACCCUCCACCCCGGUAGCGCAAUCCACAAGGACGACCGCCGAGCGACCUAAGCUCGCUAUCCCUACGUCUACAUCUAAAGCAUGCGGGCCGCCGGCUUCACCCCGCUCUCCGUUGUUGCAAGUUACGACGACCAUCGUUCCUCCAUCCAGCGCGGCUUCGCCGAGAAACCUCACCGAGACCAACGUCAUCGCGCUGAACUCUCGGGUCCGCACCGCUCGCGAUAUGAUGUCCACGCUCAGGAGGAGAAUGAGCUGUUCGCCUUCGGAUUGUGGCGUCGUAGGGCACGGUGAGGUUUCGGUGGAGGAGAGGAAGCUAAGGAGGAUCAGCGCCCCUGCUGAGUUACAGAGGCGCGAACGCAUCGAGUUCGCGCAUCCGGUACUCAGCAUGCCUGGUGGAUUCUGA